UAUAAAAGGUCGCUCCUCCUCCUCCUCCGCCGAAUCCAUCGAGCAAGGCAACCCACCUUCCUCAGUCCCCUACAGCUCCCGCCGUUGCAGAGGGGGCACAAGCCCACAAAUACAAGCAACAGCCGCGUCGCUCGUCGUACUCGUGAGUCGUGACCAUGGUGGUGAACAACAAGGUGGAGAGCCUCUCGUACGACGUCGAGGCGCCCCCGGCCUCCGCUCCUCUGCCGGCGCCGGCACAUGCCCCGGCGCCCGUGAUGCAGCGCCGGGAGGAGGCGGUGGUGCUGGAGCUGCGCAAGGUCUCGCUGCCGGAGCGCCGGACGACGGUUAUGGCGCUGCGGCAGAGGCUCGCAGAGGUGUUCUUCCCCGACGACCCGCUGCAUCAGUUCAAGAACCAGUCCUCAGCGCGGCGGCUGGUGCUGGCGCUGCAGUACUUCUUCCCCAUCUUCCAGUGGGGGUCCGAGUACAACGCCCGCCUCCUCCGCUCCGACGUCGUCGCCGGGCUCACCAUUGCCAGCCUCGCCAUCCCGCAGGGAAUCAGCUACGCCAAGCUCGCCAACCUGCCUCCAAUCAUCGGCCUAUAUUCUAGCUUCGUGCCGCCGCUGAUCUACUCGCUGCUGGGGAGCUCGCGAGACCUGGCGGUUGGGCCGGUGUCGAUUGCGUCGCUGGUGAUGGGGUCCAUGCUCCGGGAGGCCGUCUCGCCGGACGACCAGCCCAUCCUCUACCUCCAGCUCGCCUUCACCGCCACCUUCUUCGCCGGCGUCUUCCAGGCGUCCCUCGGAUUCCUGAGGCUGGGUUUCAUCGUGGAUUUCCUGUCCAAGGCGACGCUGACGGGGUUCAUGGGCGGCGCCGCCAUCAUCGUGUCGCUGCAGCAGCUCAAGGGCUUACUGGGCAUCGUCCACUUCACCUCCCACAUGGGCUUCGUUGACGUCAUGCGAUCCGUCGUCAGGCGCCACGACGAGUGGGAAUGGCAGACGAUCACCAUGGGCGUCGCCUUCCUCGCCAUCCUCCUCUUGACGCGCCAAAUCAGCAUGAGGAAUCCAAAGCUUUUCUGGGUAUCAGCAGGCGCUCCCCUGGCCUCAGUGAUCAUCUCCACCAUCCUCUCCUUCAUCUGGAAAUCUCAUAGCAUCAGUAUUAUUGGCAUGCUCCCCAGGGGAGUGAACCCUCCUUCAGCUAACAUGCUCACCUUCAGCGGCUCCUACGUGGCCCUGACUGUCAAGACAGGGAUCAUGACAGGCAUCUUGUCUCUAACUGAAGGGAUUGCGGUGGGCAGGACAUUUGCAUCCAUCAACAACUACCAGGUCGACGGCAACAAGGAGAUGAUGGCCAUCGGGAUCAUGAACAUGGCCGGGUCGUGCGCCUCCUGCUACGUGACGACGGGGUCGUUCUCGCGGUCGGCGGUGAACUACAGCGCCGGUUGCAAGACGGCGUUGUCCAACAUCGUGAUGGCGGCGGCGGUGCUGGUGACGCUGCUGUUCCUGAUGCCGCUCUUCCACUACACCCCCAACGUGAUCCUGUCGGCGAUCAUCAUCACGGCUGUGAUCGGGCUCAUCGACGUCCGCGGCGCCGCCAAGCUGUGGAAGGUGGACAAGCUCGACUUCCUGGCCUGCAUGGCGGCCUUCCUCGGCGUCCUCCUCGUCUCCGUCCAGAUGGGCCUCGCCGUCGCCGUCGGCAUCUCGCUAUUCAAGAUCCUGCUGCAGGUGACGCGGCCGAACAUGGUGGUCAAGGGGCUAAUCCCCGGGACGCAGAGCUACCGCAGCGUCGUGCAGUACAUGGAGGCCGUGAGGGUGCCGUCGUUCCUCAUCGUCGGCGUCGAGUCGGCGAUCUACUUCGCCAACUCCAUGUACCUCGUCGAGAGGAUCAUGAGGUAUCUCCGGGACGAGGAGGAGAAGGCGCUCAAGUCGAACCAGAACUCCAUCCGGUGCGUCGUCCUCGACAUGGGCGCUGUGGCAGCGAUCGACACGAGCGGCCUAGACGCGCUGGCAGAGCUGAAGAAAAUCCUGGACAAAAGAAACAUCGAGCUGGUGCUUGCCAACCCGGUAGGGUCCGUGGCCGAGAGGAUGUUCAACUCGGCGGUGGGAGAGGCGUUCGGGUCGGACCGCCUCUUCUUCAGCGUGGCAGAGGCCGUGGCUGCGGCGCCAUGCAAAGCGCAGCCCUGAGGAGCAGCAUGCAGUAGGCAGCAGCUGCCCCCAUAGACCGGGCACGGCUAUUCUGAAUUUCUGACCAGCAGAAGCAGUAGAACAAGUGCUUCUCGGAGGAGGCUAAAAUAGUUGCAUAGAAACCGGAGGCCGCAUAAAUUUGUUCGCGUAAGUGUUCUUGUUGUGUUUACGGAGACUGGUAGAUCAGAAACAACGUAACGCCGAUGCUGAUGAUCUCUUCUCCGGUGAAGAGUUUUUGAAGAAUGUAACCACCAGCGUAUGUAGUUGUCGUUGUAAUUGGUCAUUUGGUCCGACCGAAGUAAUGAAAUAUGGUUCAGUAGCAGUUUAGGCCGUGCAGGCUUGA